GGGAGCCGGCUGCCCUGGGCCCGGGAGUCUGCGCUCCGCCGCGCCGCUUUCUGCGGGAACCUGUCGGCGUUGCCCCCGCACCUGGUCCCGGCCGGCAGGAGCGUGCGGGUCUUCAUCAGCGCCAACCCCGAAGAUACUGGAGCUGAAAGACAAGCCCUGAGAGAAAAUGUCUACCCUAAACUGAGAGAAUUCUGCAGAGAAAACUAUGGCUUGGAAUUCCAGGUCAUAGACUUGUACUGGGGAAUCGAGCCAGAAGAAUGGGACAGUCCAGAGUUGCAGAAGACACGGAUGAGGCUCCUGGAAGAUUGCUUGAAAACUUCUGCAGGUCCAUGUUUUGUUGGGCUGUUGGGGGAGAAAUACGGGAAUAUCCGGAUUCCGGGAGAAGUGGAGGCAUCGGAAUUCGAAAUGAUUCUGGACGCGGCCGUGGAGGCCAAGCUAGAGACCAAGCUUCUGGAGGAGUGGUAUUGCCGGGAUGAGAACUCGGUGCCCGCCACCUAUUACCUCCGGCCCAAGGCGGAAAUGCUGAAGAUACACGCCAAGACGGUGGAUCCUCCUGGGAGUAGUGAGAGGGAGAAAAAGUGGCAGGAGGUAUCGGAAGAGAUCAAGAAGAUUUUUAAGACAGCGGUGAAACUUCUGCAAGACAAGGGGAAGAUGAAGCAAGGCCAAGCCAAGAGAUACCUCUUUUCAGCUAUCGAGGAUGAGUUUGACUUUGCCCUCGGAAACCAGACCCCGGCGUUCCUGAAGAAGUGCGUGUGCUACAUCCGGAAGAUCGCCAACAUCGAGCGCUUCGUGAAGAUCCCGGAGAUGGGCAAGUACAUGGACCUGGCAGGGGCGGAGCCACGGGUCAUCCGAGACCCCGAAGCGCUGGAGAAGCUGACCAGGCUCAGGGACGCGUUCGUUCCCACCAUCGUGGCCUCGUCCAACCUGCGGGUCUACACGUCCGUGACGCAUUGCGACAUGAAGCUAGGCUACUCCCGGGAUGUGGAAAACCACUACAUCGAAGGGCUCUGCAAGCAGUUCUACGAGGACAUGAUCGACAUCAUCCAGGCCACCGUUCAGCAGAACUUCGACACGGAAACCGACGUCCUGUACGAUGAAAUCCUGCAACACACGUCCCUCUGCAGGACUUACGCGUCCUUCUUUGAGUACCAGUGCGACGCCCUAGCCAGCGUGCACAGAUACAUCCUGCCCAGGAAACCGGGCCCCGUCCACCCGCUGGUCAUCUACGGGGGGCCCUGCACCGGAAAAACCCUCCUAUUAGCUGAGGUUGCCAAGAAGGCGUACAGCUGGCUUCACGAAGAAAUGGGCCCCGAGUCUGACCCCGUGGUCGUGGUGCGGUUCUUGGGGACCACGGACCUGAGCACGGACCUCAAGAGCCUCCUGCAGAGCAUCUGCGAACAACUGGCCGCCAACUACCGCCGCCCGGUCCAGAGCUACCCCAAGAAGCCCCACGACCUGCGCGACCUGUUCGUCAACCUCCUGAACGAGUCCUCGCUCCAGCGCCCGCUGGUCCUGGUCCUGGACGCGCUAGAGCAGCUGGCGGAGAGCGACGACGCCAGGAGGCUGUGGUGGCUGCCUGUCCACCUGCCCCGCUCGGUCCGCGUGGUCCUGUCCACCCUGCCCAACAAGCACGGCCUCCUGCAGAAGCUCAGGAGCCUGAUCCCGACCGCCGACCACUACCUGGACCUGGUCCCCGGCGACCGGCGGCUUUGCAGCCGGGUCCUGAAGCAGCAGCUGCUGCGCGUCAAGAGGAAGGUCACCUCUGGCCAGCAGAUCUACGUCAACGAGGCCCUGUCCUGCUGCGCCCUGCCCAUGUUCGUCAAUCUGACCUUCCGGGAAGUGAGGAGCUGGAAGUCGCACAGGGACGUGGACGGGUCCUCCCUCGGCGUCACGGUGCACGAGGGCAUCGAGCAGCUGUUCCGCUCCCUGGAGGAGGCGUGCGGCCCCCGGCUGAUCGCCCGGGCACUGGGCUACCUCACCGUGGCCAAGGCGGGACUGAGCGAGAUGGAGCUGGAGGACGUCCUGGCGCUGGACGACGGGGUCAUGGCGGAGCUCCGCCGGGACGGCGGGCCGAGCGACCCGCUGCGCGUCCCCUACUUGCACAUCGCCCGGCUCAAGGAGGGGCUGCGCGGCUACCUGAUCGAGCGCCACGUGAGGAAUGUGACGCUGCUGGUCUGGGCCAACAGGCACCUGCAGCUCGUGGCCCAGAAGCGCUAUCUGCAGGACGAGGCCGACCUGCGGGAGAUGCACGCCGUCCUGGCCGACUACUUCCUGGGGGUCUGGGCGGGCGGGCGGAGGAAGGGCCUGGGCGGGGGCGGCAGGGGCGGCGAGGACCCCGCCGUGGCCGGGGGGAGCCGGAACUCACGGGUGAUGGAGCGGGUGGAGGAGGAGGAGGAGGAAGAGGAGCAGUUCGUGGAGCGGGCCGCCUUCGACCGGCAGGCCCCGGACCAGCCCUGGGUCUUCCAGUGCAACCCGCUGGAGCCCGACAUCUUCUUCGUCAACCACCGGAAGAUGACGGAGCUGUCGCACCACCUGACCCGCUGUGGGAAGACGGACGACCUGCUCUACGGGGUCAUCAUGAACUUCAGCUGGCUGUACACCAUGAUCAAGAUCGGCCGCUUCGACGGGGUCCUGGCGGACAUCGACCUGGCCUACGGCUGCUCGCAGGAGAAGGAGCUGAAGUUCCUGGCCAGCACCCUGCGGGGCAUCAAGGGCAAAGUCACGGCCCGGCCCGGCUCGCUGUCGGCCGAGCUGCAGCAGCGGCUGCUGCCCGUGGUCGGCUCCCUGCCCAAGCUGCGCCACCUACUCCUCGAGUGCGACCGGGACGGGCCCAAGUACUGCUCCAUCGUGCCGCUCCACUCCUCCGUGGACGUGGCCUACAGCCCCGAGAGGCUGCCGCUGGCGGCCAGCCACGUGCACGUGACCGAGGUCCUGCCCACGGGCCGCCCGGGCACCGUCCUGGCCGCCCUGGAGGACGGCUCCAUCAGCACGUGGGACGUGGAGUCGCGGCAGCUGCUCCGGCGCAUCACCACGGCCCAGUCGGUGGUCCUGGGCAUGAAGCUCAGCGGCGACGAGAGGUACCUAGUGGUGGCCACGGCCCACAACACCCUGCUGAUCUACGACCACGCCAACUCCCGCCUGCUCUCCGAGGUGGAGGUCAAGGGCGCCCGGCCCGGGGGCGGCACCCGCCUCAUCAACGGCUUCGCCCUCUCCGCCCACCACGCCCUGGCCUGGCUGGAGGCCAGCAAGGCGGUGGCUGUGGUCGACCUGCUCUACGGGUGGCCCCUCUACCAGUUUCACUGCUGGUACGAGGUGACCUGCGUCCGGUGCUCCCCCGACGGCGUGUACGCCUUCUGCGGCCAGUGCCUGAACACCACCACCAUCUUCCACCUGGGGAGCGGGGAGAAGCUGUCCACGGUGACCUCCGAAUUCUCGGGGGGCUUCGUCCAGUUCCUGCUGGUCCUGGAUGCCGCUCGGGAGCUGGCCAUGGUGGACAACGAGGGCAGCCUGUCCGUGUGGAACACCGAGGAGAUGAGCAACCCCCGGCUGACCGACGACUUCGACUGCCGCCGGGGCGACGGCGAGGUGGUCGGCCUCGAGCUGUCCGAAGACCAGAGCGCCGUGCUGAUCUGCAAGGCCCUGGGCCUGGAGCUCCUGGACACCGGCGCCUGGAAGGUGGCCGAGAAGUUCCGGGCCCGGCACGGCGAGCGGUUCGCCUGCGCCGUGCUCGCCCGGGACGGCCGCUGCAUCAUCGCCGCCAUGGAGAACACCUCGGCCGUCUUCUUCUGGCGGAGGGACACGGGCCAGUGCCUGGCCAACCUGCAGGAGGUCUCGGGGAACGUGGUCAAGCUGGUCAAGUCCAGCCACCACGACAUGCUGCUCUCCCUCUCGACGGGCGGGGUUCUCUCGCUCUGGGACGUGGACCUGAUCACGGCCGUGUCCAACGUCGACAAGACCGGGCGGCCCAUCCGGCGGCUGGUCCUGCCGGCCCGGGGCGAGUCCGUCUACUCCCUGGAUGGCUCCGAGGCGGUGCACAAGUGGCACCUGGGCCACGGGUUCGUCGAGGCCGUGUUCCGGCACGAGGGGGCCGCGGAGCACUGCGUGCUCACCUCCGCCGGGGACCUCAUGGUCUCCGCCGAUGACCGCUGCAGCCAGUACGUCUGGCGCACGGGCAGCGGCGAGAACCUCUUCCGCAUCAGCGGGCAGAGGAUCUCCCAGCUGAUGCUCACCCACAACGACCAGUUCGUCGUCUCGCUCUGCGAGGAGAGCGCCUCGCGGGUCUGGCGCUUGGCCACCGGCCACCGGGUCUGCCGCAUCCUGGCCGCCCUGCGGGACGCCUUCGUCACGGCGGCCAACACGUUCGUGGUUGGCGUGGCCGAGAACAAGGUGCUGGCCGUCAGCCUGUGGACGGGGAGCAUCACCAAGCGCUUCUGCUGCGAGGACGGGGCCUCCAUCGUCGACUUCAGGCCCGUCCCCGACUGCCCGGAUGUGGUGGCCUUCAUCACGUCUGCCGAGACCGUGACCCUCUGGAGCCUGACCGACGAGGUGGUCUGCCGCCGGGUGCAGCUCCCCGGGGACUUCCUCAGGGACCUGGGGGACUUCGAGGUCUCGCCCAACGGCCGGCUGGCCGUCCUGUCCCGUGGCGACGAGAAGAUCCACGUGCUGGACCUGCACAGCGGGAAACUCCGGGUGGUGCCCGCCUCCGGCGGCGUCUGGCGGCAGAAGCUGUCCCGCGACGGCCGCUACCUGGUCUACGUCUGCUUCCGCCACCCUGAGGAGGACGAGGAUGGGGACGGAGAAGGGGACGGGGGCGGCCCGUCCAGCCUGGUCGUCGUCAGGCUGGCCGACGGGAAGACCAUCGGCACCUGCUCGCUCUACAAGAUGCCCACCUUCCUGGCCCUCUCCCAGAGGCACCUGAACAUCAUCGUGGGCUUCGAGGACGGCAGCCUCGGCGUGUACACCGUGGUGGACCGCGUGGACGCCGCCCUCAAGAUCAAGAUAGCCACGUCCAACAGCCGGCAGCUCUUCGGCGGCUCCACGCAGCCCGCCCGGCCCCGCCGGCGCAGGCACGGCUUCAAGGCCGCCGCCGACUGCGUCUGGCGGGAGUCCACCGAGGUCUUCGCCCGGGACAGCCCCGUCCCCGUGGCCCAUCCUGGGGAGCCCCCGGAAGGCACCCCCUCCAAGAGACACAGCCACGGCUGCGACAGGGCCGGCGCCACCCCUGACGUUGGGACCUCCGGCUUCUCCGCCGACGAAUGAUCGGCCCGGGGUCCCGGAAACCCCGGCCCCGACCCCCCCACCCCAAC